AUGACGACCUUCUGGAACUCCGUACUCCGGUGGGACACAGGGUGCUUCAGGGCAACCAACCGCAAAGUACUAUGGGCGGAGGCGAACACGCCCCCCCUGGACCUCUACCUACACUACCUCAAAUGCAAAUACGCCAUUCGAAUCCUACAAGCAUCCCCCCUCGGCAACCCUGUAACCGGCAGGACGAGCCUCUCCUUCCCAACGAUCUCCAACCAUAGAACAUUCUCACAUACCCAACUCCUCAAAGGUCUCCCCAACCCCCCCAAGAAAUGGAACUCAACCGCGCUCAAAGGCGUCGCUCACCUACCCAUCGAAUUCCUCGGAUCCCUCCUUCUCCCCUUGAUAAGAGAAGGCGUUGCCCCGGAACAGAUGAAUCGCUAUGCAAAAACCCAACUACUCGUCAACUGGCAACUAUACUAUGCACCCCCAGAAUACUACGCCCACCCUCUCUCCACCACCCCGCUUCCCUUCAACGACCUCCACAAGUUCGUUGCAACCCGAAUCCAUCAAUUCAGAUCAGGGAAGAGCUAUCUCCGAGCCCAAAAAACCUGGAUGACCGCCCACACCCCCUCGACAUGCGAACGAUGUAAUGCAGCGGAAGAAACACCAGAACAUGUCAUCCUCCACUGCCCCAAACUCGCCCCAAACAGACAUGGUCCACUACGAACCAUCACAUCGCUGAACGAUAUCUGGAACGACCAGACCCUCACCACAGCACUAGGCGCCUUCAUAGUUUCCACAAGAAUGAGAUAUCCCAGAAGCGCCCCCCCAUCACCCCUCGCCACCGGCUCCACAACUAUAUCGACCCUCACAUCGAUAUCCACUAUAUCCUUACCCCUCACACCAACGGGACCAAUACCCGCGAUCUACGCUUCCUAG